AUGGCAGCGCGACCCGCUCCCCAGGACACUGUGGGUGCUGUUGGCACAGUGCCCCCCGGUGCAUCCUUCACUAUGGCCACAGACCACCAGAACCCUGCAUCCAAGCAGCAGCAGCCAGGCACCAGUGCAUUUAAGCUGGUUAUCUAUGAGCAAGAGAACUUCCAGGGACGCUGCCAUGAGCUGACUGGUCCCUGUAAUAACCUCCAGGAGGCAGGCGUGGAGAAAGUGGGCUCUAUACUGGUGCUGUGUGGACCGUGGGUGGGAUAUGAGCAGACAGGCUGUAAGGGAGAGCAGUAUGUGUUUGAGAAGGGCGAGUAUCCUCGGUGGGAUUCCUGGACCAACAGCCGCCGCAGUGACACCAUCACUGCAUUUCGGCCAAUUAAAGUUGACAGCCAGGAGCACAAGAUUGUGCUUUAUGAAAACCCCAGCUUUGCAGGAAAGAAGAUAGAGAUCAUAGAUGACGACGUGCCCAGCUUCCACGCUCACGGAUAUCAGGAGAAGGUCUCUUCUGUGCGUGUGCAGAGUGGAACCUGGGUGGGUUAUCAGUACCCAGGAUACAGAGGAUACCAGUACCUGUUUGAGAAGGGCGAGUACAAGGACAGCACUGAGUUUGGAGCCCAGAUCCCUCAGAUCCAUUUUAAGCUAAAAUCACUGUUGGAUUCUCUGCCGGGAUCAUCUGGAGCUGGACAAAAUGCCUGUCCAGUGCAGCAGCUGUGCCAAAAAUCGUGCUGUGCUAAAGCGUCCCAAGACGGGCCACUCUCUUUGCAAAGAAUGCUUUUUCAUUGCGUUCGAGGAGGAGGUGGAAAGGACUCAACGGUGCUCGCUCACGUUAUGAAAGUCCUCAAUGAGAGAUACAGCUAUGGCCUCGACCUCAUGCUGCUCUCAGUGGAUGAAGGCAUCACAGGUUACCGUGACGACUCAUUGGAGACAGUGAAAAGGAACCAAGAACAGUAUGAGCUGCCUCUAAAGAUUGUUUCCUAUGAGGAGUUGUACGGCUGGACGAUGGAUGCCAUAGUGAAGCAAGUGGGAAUGAAAAAUAACUGCACUUUCUGUGGUGUCUUCAGAAGGCAGGCCUUAGACCGAGGAGCCAUCAUGUUGAAAGUGGACAAAAUAUGCACAGGUCACAAUGCUGAUGAUGUGGCGGAAACCGUCUUGAUGAACAUUUUACGAGGAGACAUAGCUCGUCUACGCCGCUGCACAGCCAUCUCUACCUCCAGCGAGGGUGACGGAGUUGUCCCACGCUGCAAACCUCUCAAAUACGCCUAUGAGAAAGAGAUAGUACUUUAUGCUUACUUUAAGAAGUUGGAUUACUUUUCCACUGAAUGCAUUUAUUCACCUAAUGCUUACCGCGGUCAUGCAAGGACUUUCUUAAAGGAUCUGGAGAGUAUCCGCCCUAGCUCCAUCAUGGACGUGAUUCACUCUGGUGAGAACCUGUCUGUGCGGGACGGGGUGAAGAUGCCAGUGCAGGGAACAUGCAGCCGCUGUGGGUACAUCUCCAGCCAGGCUCUGUGUAAGGCCUGUGUGCUGCUGGAGGGGCUGAACCGAGGACUGCCCAAACUGGGGAUCGGCAAACACCACCGUCUGCAUGGGAAACUGCUCUCCCAGGAGCCACUCACUGAGAAGGAGGAGAAGAAACUCAGAGCACCAGAAUUUUGA